AUAAUGAUAAUGAAUAUCUCUGGCAAAGAAAACACCUCUCAAAGAAUAAGCGUGAUAUUUCUGCAACAAAUUUUUGAAUCAGUAGACUUGUCGCAGCAAAGCUCCCCCACAAACACAAUGGUAAUAGACUCGAUAGCGGGUCUUAUAUGUGAUCAAAAAUAUACAUUACUUUAUAAUGUCCAACAACCAUUCGAAGUCCCGAUGACAGAAUUCGACGAUGAAUGGUGGCCUUUAGUUACGAACAUUUGG